AUGGCAAGCUCCGUCGAGAAACUGGCGAGUCUUCGUGCCUUAUUUUCGUCGGAACGCGUCAAGCUUUUGACCGGCAAUAAACCGAUUUCCGCUUAUUUGUUGCCAAGCACUGAUGCUCAUCAGAGUGAAUAUCUUUCCGAUUACGAUUUCCGGGUUCGCUUUCUUUCCGGGUUUUCCGGCUCAAACGCCUAUGUAGUUGUUACCGAUAAUAAAGCUCUAUUAUGGACCGACGGACGGUAUUUCGAGCAGGCUGGAAAGCAAUUGUCGUCAGAAUGGACCAUGAUGAAGCAGGGAGUUCCCGAUUCGGUAACCCCAAGCGAUUGGCUUGUGACGGCCCUCGAUAAGGGUUCAUUCGUUGGGUUUGAUCCAACAUUGCUAACCUACGAAAGUGCGACGAAAUUUUUAAAAAAUAUCAAGUCGAUGGGACUUCACCCAGUUAGUAUUCCCGGAAAUCUGAUUGAUGAAUUCUGGACAAAUCGUCCAAGUCUCGGCGAUCGCAAAGUGACGGUGCUAACUGCGGAGGAGCACGGAAAACCGGUUGCGAAGAAGAUUGAAUCGCUUCGAAAACGGCUAACCACCAAAAAAUGCACGGCGAUAGUAUUUUGCGCUCUGGAUGACAUAGUUUGGCUUUUGAAUAUUCGAGGAUUCGAUAUUCCAUAUAAUCCAUUGGUUUAUUCAUAUCUCUUAGUUUCUCUUGACGAAGUUCAUUUAUUCAUCGACGAAGCAAAACUAGAUGACCAAUCUUGGUCGCACUUGAAGGAAUCCAACGUCAUCGUCCAUCCUUAUGAUUCGGCACAAACCUGGAUCCGGUCGUGGCAUCAAUCGAUUGUUGAGAAAAAGCUCGACCAGCGUGUCAUGCUCACCAAGAGCACCAACUAUUCGAUUGGAGAGAUUUUCGGUGACGAGUACUCGAUAAUUGAAUCAUCGCCUGUGAAAAUCGAAAAGGCUGUGAAGAAUUCCGUCGAAAUGGAAGGAAUGCGGUCAUCGCAUAUUCGUGAUAGUGCUGCUCUCGUCGAAUUUCUCGCAUGGCUUGAGAACGAACUACUCGCCGGAAAGAAAUAUUCGGAGAUCGAACUUGCCGCGAAGGUCGAUGGGGUUCGCGCUCAACAGAAGAAAUAUGUUGAUUUGAGUUUCUCGACAAUUUCGGCUGCCGGUGAGCAUGCUGCCCUUCCGCAUUAUCAUCCUGAAGGCGAAGACGGCAAGAAGGAAGCAUCGGCUGACUCUGUGUAUCUUGUAGAUUCCGGAGCUCAUUAUAGAGAUGGAACGACCGAUGUGACGAGAACCGUGUGGUUCAAGAAUCCGCCGGCCGAGUUUAUUGCUCAUAAUACAUUGGUGCUUAAGGGACACAUCUCUUUGGCUAAGACCUUGUUCCCAGACGGAAUUCACGGUUCGCGUCUCGACACUCUUUCCCGUCAUGCUCUAUGGCAGUGCGGGUUAGAUUUUGGGCACGGAACUGGCCACGGUGUCGGUCAUUUCUUGAACGUUCAUGAGGGGCCAAUCGGAAUUGGACAUCGGAUAGUGUCAACCGGCGGCGAGCUUCAUGUCGGACAAGUUAUCACAAUUGAGCCGGGAUACUAUCUGCCGAAGAAAUAUGGAAUUCGUAUUGAAAACUGUUACGAGAUUGUUUCCGCUCAAGUAAAAUCGCGUGAAAAAAACUUCCUUGCUUUCAAAUCGCUUACUCUUGUGCCUAUCCAAACUUCUAUUAUUGAUAAGAGCCUUCUCGAUGAAUCUGAAAUUGUUUGGCUUAAUGCUUACCACGAUACCGUUGCUGAAAAGGUGGGAGCUGAGCUUCUUGAAAAUGGAAAGAAGGCUGAAUACGAAUGGUUGUUGAAUGCUUGCAAACAUAUUUAA